GAAAGCGCUAUAUGCUUUUCUCUCUUCAUAAACACUCUGAAAAAUUCGGAUUACCCAGCAUUCAGUCACCGCACGGUCCUUCCGGUGAAUCCGCCAUUAGAGAAAGCAGGCAUGGCAAUUCGGUACCCUAUGGCCGUUGGCCUGAACAAAGGCCACCCCGUAACGAAGAAUGUGGCUAAGCCCAAACACAGUCGCAGGAGAGGGCACCUGACCAAGCACACCAAGUUUGUGCGUGACAUGAUUCGUGAGGUGUGCGGUUUUGCUCCGUACGAGAGGCGGGCGAUGGAGUUGCUGAAAGUGUCCAAGGACAAGCGUGCACUGAAGUUCAUCAAGAAAAGGGUGGGAACCCACAUCCGUGCCAAGAGAAAGAGGGAAGAGCUCAGCAACGUCCUCGCUGCAAUGAGAAAGGCUGCUGCCAAGAAGGAGUAAGCCUGUUAUACUGUGGGGGAAAAAAUAAAUAUUUCUAUUUCAAAAACAAA